AUGAUGGAGGAGAUCCUUCCUGACUCCGUGGAGUUUCGCAUCCCAGGCCAUCUUGAAAGGCCCUACGACGCUCCGGCUGGGUGGAUGUGCCUUUAUGAGUGUAUGUUCACCGAAUUUGGGAUGAACUUUCCUCUAUCUCCUCUGUUUUUGCAAUUUGCGGCUGAUCGUGGCGUCCCUACGAGUCAACUGACCCACGGUGUGGUUCGCCACAUCGUUUUUACCGAGGCCCUAGCUAGAGCCGCCGGAGUUGUAUUCGACCGCCUCGUAAUAAAGGACGAUGGUGUCGUCAACCGCAUAAAAUGA